UCACCGGAUCUCAACCCUAUCGAGGCAAUCUGGCUUAUUAUGAAGCAACGUCUACGCGGUGGUAGAUGGCAGACGGUGGCAGAGUUUAAGGAGGCGAUCGAGCGCGAAUGGAAACGUAUCACACAGCAGGAGAUACGCCAACGUAUUGCAGAGAUGCCUUGGCGAUGUAAAAAGGUCGUAGAACUUAAGGGAGGACGUGUUCGCAGCGAUUUGUGGUGA